UCAGCGGAGAGUAGCAAGGAAUUAUCUCUAAGGAAGACUAUUAAAGAAGAUACAUUCCAACAUGAAACAGUGAUGAAAAGAAUGAACAACCCAUGUAAAGAACAUGCAAAAACUUCCUGCACCAAUACGCACCUUAUCGCUUAUCAAAAUUCUUCACAAGUGCCACCAGUGCCAUAAGUAUGGGAAGUCCUUUAGCUGUCGAUCCACUCUCGUUCAACAUCAGAGGAUCCACACAGGAGAGAGACCCUAUACAUGUAAUGAAUGUGGUAAAACCUUUGAUCAGACGGCACACCUUAACCAGCACGAGAGAAUCCACACAGCUGAGACACCAUAUGAAUGUCAGGAAUGUAGGAAGACCUUCAGCCAGAUGACUCAUCUUAUUCAGCAUCAGAGUACACAUGCUAGAGAAAGGUCCCGUGAGUGCCAUGAAUGUGGAAAGACCUUCAGCCAUUCCUCAGCCCUGAUUGAUCACUGGAGAAUUCAUAGUGGGGAAAGACCCUAUGAAUGUAAGGAAUCUGGAAAUGCCUUUACCUACAGGUGCCAUUUGGUCAAUCAUAGGAGGAGUCAUACAGGGGAAAGACCCUGUGAAAGUCAGGUAUGUGGGAAAACUUUCAGUAACCACUCUUCACUUGUUACGCACGAUAGGAUGCAGAAUGGAGUGAAACCCUUUGGAUGCCCUGCAUGUGGGAAGGCCUUUAAUACUUCUUCAUAUCUUUGUCAGCAUAAGAGGAUUCAUACUGGUGAAAAACCCUUUGAUUGCCAUGAAUGUGGGAAGACCUUUAGAUGCAAGUCAUAG